AUGACUUGCUAUCUAUAUUUUAUUUUCUCAUUAUUAACCCGUCGUUUUUGGAUUAAUUUUUUACGAAAUUUUAUUUUCCGAAAGCUUUUUCAAUUUAUAUUUUGCCUUAUUUCAAGUUUAUUUAUUUUUAUUACAAUACUUUUAUUCCUUUAUUUUUUACAAAUCCACCCCUAUUUUUAUACAAAAAAUGACUUUAAAAAUGAAAAUUUGUUUGUUUUACAAAGAACGGUUGUAUUUCCUCGAGGAGGGGAUAACUUGGAAUUUGAUCAGCCUUGGGACUUGUCUGAAACUAAAAUUUAUGAGAAUAUAGAUGAAGUGAUUAGGAAUAAUAAUCGUAUUGCUAAAUAUAUUACUGGAGAUUUUACUUACAGGUAA